AUUUUCUCACAUUUUCUUUUGCUUUAGAAAUAUAAUUCUACUAUCAGUUAUUAUACUUUCUUCUUGUUAUGUAUAAAAAAUAUUAAGGUCAAUAAUGCUGAUUAUUUAUUUUGGCUAAUUAUUGAGUGAGGCUUAUUGAGGUUUUAUACAAAAGUUAUUGAAGGGUAAGGUAAAUUCAUAAUUUAUUUUAAAGAAUUUUAGGAAUUAAUGGAUUUGAUAUCUCAACCACGUUUUAUUGUCUAUCUGUAACAUGUUGUGCUAAAUAAAGUAUUGACAUUGUGCAAAAUUAAAACUAAAAUAUAACAUAGGCUACUUUUAAUUUUAUUAUUACCGUAAAUAAGCAGAUGCUAACCAUUCUCAUUCAACCUGAAUUCAAAUCAAAAUGAGUAUGAGUCAAAAAUGUCUUCUAAAUGUUGAAAAUACCAUACUGAAAUGUUGAUGUAUCUACUUUCACUUUCUUGUCUUAUACUAAGUUAUACUAAACUUAAACAUUGACAGUAAAACUAAAUUGAGUUGGUCUCCGUCCCUCUAAUUCUUAAUUAAUCAAUUUAGUUUGUUAUUUUUUAGGCUACUGACUGCGGUAUUUUAAUCACUGUUCCUGUUCUGUCGCUACAUUAUCAGGACAGUUGAACUUUGUGUUGAUAAAUUUAAAAUUUAUUUUGGAAAGAUAAAGAAUAUAAAUAUUAUAUAAAUAUAUGCUGAACAUCCUUUCCAGUUUUAGUAUUUAAAUUAGCCUUCUUGAUUCUUAUAAAAUUUAUAAAAGUGCCAUUGAUUAUUAAGCACAUUAUCUUCUCUUCUAAAAUACUAUUUAAAAAAUUAAAAAUUAAUUAGGCUUAAACAUAAUGAUAAUGACAUGGACAUGGAAAUUUUAUGGAGUUUUUAUAUCUGUUUGACAUCACAAAUGCAGUAAUUUUGUCCUGGGAAAUUCCAAUAAAUAAUUAUUCAAGGAUGUCAUGCAAUAUUAAAUCUUAUUAAGUUUCAGACAGCUGAUUUGGGGUAAAACCUAACUUUAUUAUGAUACUGGGAAUCAAGUUCACCUGUUGGCCACCUCUUACAUUAAAUAAUGGACCACAAGUCUGACUAGUUGUAAAACCUUCAUUUACCCCUUUAAUAAUGUGAUCUCUUGCAGCUUAGUAGAGCAAAAAAAAUAUACCAACCUCACAAACGCAUUAUUUUAAUUAAAAGAAUCAUAGCCCUUUAUUGUUAUUUUCCUCAAACUUAUAUUUAUCAAUUCCUCAUGUUGACAAAAUACAUUCAUAUUCAGAGCUAAAAAAAUGAUAAUCUACUAAAAGGGGUUGAUGUUCACUGAAUUGAAUACUGCUUGGUAUUCUAACAUCAUUAUUUUUUUAUUUUUUUUUAAAAAUAUUUCAUACAUAAUCUAUUAAUUCCAUAUAAUAUACAUAUUACUGUACCAGUAUCUUUACUAAUAUUAUUUAUUUACAUUUUUUACUCAAAAAUAAAAGAUAACAUUCAUGCAUUGUUUUGUAUGAGAUUUAGCUAAUUUUUAGAUUUUAAAAUUAAUUCUAAAGUUUUUGUAUGCUUUUUCUAUAGGUUCAAGUCUUUCAACUUACACUAUGAACUCUCAAGAAAGUUUGGUCCAGGAUCAUAAUUUGCAGAUAGCAAACUUAGCAACUGUUAAUGGCCUAGAAACAUGCCCAACCUCUAUCUGCAUACCUGGCUUUUCUGGUCAAAGCAAAGCCAUUGUUGUGCAACUGAACACAAACUCUGGAUCAAGUGGCUCUACAAAAUUCAAAAGCUUGUUACCUAAAAGCUUGCUGAAUAGUCCAAAACCAGAUUCUGAAAUAGAUUCUUUUCAUGUGAUCAGUGAAACAGAAAUGCAAUCCAAUACUUUUACAACCAAUUUUACUGGAUUUCCACCAGUAGACCUUCUGGUAAACCAGCAGGGUUGUGAAACAGAAAGCAAAGACAACACAUCUAAUGGAAACAUAGAAUAUAGCAGCUCUGUUACCACUAAUGAGACCAUCGAAUCAAUACUAAGACAGCUCAAUACAAUGCCCUCAGUUAAUGCUUUAGAAACUAGUGAUGUCAAGCAACAACCAGAGCUUGAGCAAAAUUAUGACAAAUGCAGUUCAUUUCAGUCUCUACAGAAUAUGCCAGAAACUAUAACAUCACAGUCUCUUGUAAACAAUACAUCAACUAACAACAUGAACUUUCAAGUAUCUUCAUCAUCACACACUUCAACUGAGGAGUUGGAAAAGGAUCAGGAAGUUGUUAAAAAGACAAUGGUUGAAGCUUUUGUAAAAAUGGUUGUUUGCAGAAAGGUAACUGUGCAGAAGGUUCAUGCAAAAACUGGACAAAUUCUGGAGACCAAAGUCAAAACAGUGAGUCUUUAAUUAAUUUCAAUAGGCACUAUGUAAACAUUGUUAUCAUACUAUAUACUAAUCAUUGGGUGAAAAAUUACAUCUUUUGUGGGGAGAGAGGAAGUUAGUUUAUUUUUUAGUUUAUUUUAGUAAUAACAUAAGUAAAUUAAUACUAAGCAACUAAGAAAUUUUAGUGAUUAAGAGGCAAUAAGCUUCUUAUCUUUCUUCUUUAUGCUGUUACCUCUCUUUUAGUUCAUCAAGUUUUAUUUUUUCUGUGGUUAUUGGCAUUGGACCUCUGAUCUUUCCUCUUCAUCCAGGACAUUGUUAUAGAUAAAUGUUAUUUAUUUACUGUUUCUAAAUAGUAACCCUUCAUCUCUUGUUACUGUGGUUGAAAUUAUCUAAAUGCCUAAUUAUUGCCUACUGCUUGAAUGAGAUUUACUGAUUUUGUCAUUAACUUGAUUAAGCAGAGAAUUACUUCACUCCCCAGUCAAAAUUUAUUCAUAUGCAUAUUAAUAUACAGUGUACCCUCAAUUUUCACAGUUUCUUACUGCACAUUUAAAGCAUUGCAUGAUAAUAUAAUUCUGACGUCAUAUGCUUCAAAAAUGUUUGAUUGCAUGAAUUUUUACUUCUAAAUCAUAAAUAAAAAUGUGCAUUUGAAGAGCACAAUGUGUUGCAAACUUAGAUUAAUGUAUGACUUCAGACUGGACAAUGCUUUUUCAAACUGUAUCCCUGGGUAAAUCGAGGGAAACUAUAUUUAUAUAUGUGGAUCGAAAAAAUUUCUUUUAAUAAAUCUUCUUUUCAAAUCAAACAGGAAGAGGAAGAGCCUGUCAUACUUGGUGUGGACUGUGUGGAAACAACAGAGGAUUUUCUUUCAACACCAUCAUCAGAGUUGGCAAUGGAACAUGCAGCUGAUUUUGCAACUACAAAAUGGGGGACAUCCUUAGAUGGUGGUCUAAAAUUUCUGAGUGCAGUCUCUGAAAGUAGGCAAAAAAUAGGGAAACAUUUAAUCAAAGACAAAUUAUUAAAAUCUACUCUGCAAAAAGGGAUUAAUUUAUCCAAGAUAAUGGAAGCGAAAUCCCAAAUAGAGCAACCUGACGUUAGACGGUCCAGUGACAUGGCUGCUGAAGAUAAAUCUAGUAAAGAUGAUUCUGUUAUUAAAAAUGAGCAAUUAACAGAAAGUGAAAAUGAGGAUUGGAAUGAAGACUUAAACGACGACAGCGAAGAUUAUGUCCCAAAAGUUCGCUCAUCAGCAUCCUCAAAAUUAAAUUCAAGAUCUCAAACAAGUGAAGCCAAUGAUAAAAAUAAGUCCCCCAUGAACUAUACUGGGGAUGAGUCUGUUGUGUUGCUGCCAAAGAAAAGGGGAAGGAAGAGAAAAUGGGACAAUGCUCUAGGAAUGGCAUCAAAUCUCAGAUCGUGUGUCUUUUGUAACAAGCAUUUUAGUAGCACAACCGCAUGUGCAGAGCAUAUGAAGAUUGGAAAAUGCAUUUCAUCAUUGUUCUGCUUCAUUUGCUCUAAGCCAUUCACCAGUGAACAAGAGCUAGAAAAGCAUUUGUCUACACAUUGUAAUGAAAGAAAGCCCAAAGUGUUUGAAUGUGUUGACUGUUAUCGGUCUUACAGAACACGUGCUGGAUAUGAAAAGCAUUUUAGAAUGGGCACCUGUUUAAAAAGAGACGAUUAUGAAGAUGUCUUCACUGGACCACUGCAAUGUGAUCUUUGUCCAUCCCGUUUUAGUACACCGGGUUACCUGAAGCUGCAUCGCUAUAAAGUUCAUGAAAACCCAAAGGAUGCACACACUUGCACAGAUUGUGGGAAAAAAUUUUACAGCUCUGUUGGUUUUAUUAAGCACAAGAAUGGCAGACCAUGUACAGAGCCCUUGAAGUGCUGGGUUUGUGGGAAAACCUAUUCUAGCAAGGCAAAGGAAAGUUUUAAAAUUCAUAUGAAACACCAUAAAUCAGAAGUGGGAGGCAUCACAUAUCACUGUGAAGAGUGUGGCAGAGGCUACAUGACUCAAAUGGCCCUUACAAAGCAUAAACUUUCUCACACUGGGGUCAAACCAUAUAAAUGUGAGACUUGUGGGAAAGCAUUUGCAAUGCGUUACAUGGUAAAAGACCAUGCCCGGAUGCAUACAGGUGAAAGGCCUUACCUUUGUAGCUUGUGCGGAAGUGCAUUUAGUAAUAAGGGACAUUUAGGAAGGCACUUAAGAUCUCAUGAGAACAGAACUUUGUUAAAAAGAGGUCGGCCGAAGAAAAUUAAAGAGCCAGGGGACAAUGUUGGGCAGGAAACUGAGUUGAAAAUUAUAGAUCUGGCCAGUUUUGAUGGCCAGGCUAUACAGGUAGUGGAUGGACAAAUGUUUGAGUCCCAAAAUCCUGGGGCGGCAAAGAUGAUAAUUCAUGCCAACAAUAAUACUAUUAUCAUAGCUGAAGGUUGGCCAUCCCAAAGUACUCCUGGUUCUGCUCUAACUCUUUCAAGUUCCCAUGACAUAACAAAUAUUACUAACAAUAUAAACUCUUAAUUGAUUUCUUAUUAUUAUUUAAAUUUUUAAUUAAAUUAAUUUCAUGUAUCGUACUUACAAAUGUAUAAAAUUACAUUGGCUUUACAAUGUAGUUCUGUUAUGUGAGAUCUAUGAAAAGAUGUAGAUUUUUAAAAAUAAAUUUG